AUGCCUAGAGAAGACAGCUUCAGUGAUUCGGAAGGUCGUUCCUUGACGCCCGACUUGGAAGACGAGGUUGCCAUGGAGCGCACAAUCCAAGACGAGAUGAGGAGGGAUCCAACGCCCUUGUCUCGGGCCAUGGCCGCAUCGGAAGCCACAUCUUCGACUCUCAACAACCUCAUGGCCAAUGCUCCUCGAGCCCCAUCCACAACGUCAGCACCUUCCAACCUUGAGGUCCCCCGUCCUCAAAGACCCACUAUCCGCAUGCAAGGCAGUGCAGCGGAACGCUUCCGCUCUUCUGUGCGGAAGGUAAUGCAAAUGCGACGAACGUCCACCAUGCUCACGCUGGGAAAUGUUGGGGCAGAGCCGGGCAUCGACCCCAAGCGCGCAGAAGCGGAACGACAGUAUGGGCAUAUUCGUGAAGAGUGCACAAUCGAGAUUAUAGACUACAACGGCGCGACGAGUUCGGUCGGAAAGCUAAACAACGAAGGGUUCGUGAAGAUGAUGAGUGACGCCGGCGCCUGUAAGCCUGAAGCAUGGGUCAAGGUUCGAUGGAUCAAUAUCGGUGGCAUUUCAUGGGACGUCGUCAAAGCUCUAGCUAUCCGUUACGAUCUCCAUCCCCUUGCUCUUGAAGAUGUUCUACACCAGCGCGUUCAGGCACGUUCCAAGGCCGACUACUAUAUACAACACCUAUUCCUCCGUGUCCUUUGUCAUUCGCUGGCGGAUCCAUCCGACCGGGAUGCGCAAGUCCACUCGGAUCCGACCUUCUCGCCUCCAUUCGAAGAUCUGAACGGCGAGAGGGCUUUGUUCCCUAACAAACUCAGGUCCAGCUCGCCGACGCCACUGGAAGACGGUGUUGCAAUAGAUGAGGACCGAACCGCAUACGGCGGUUCACGAUUUUCCUCCAUCAAGCGGGCCUCCAUGCUCAGGGACAGGCGCAACGGCAACAUUAAAGUGGACAUCGAGAGAGCUCGGGCAGUCACCGAGAAGGGACCGAUAUCCGCGGGCUCUGCCAAGUCACCGCGGGUGGAAAGCGAGGCAGUUCGCAAACGCAGUGCGAACGCCAGGACUGUUGAAGCGCUCAAGCAGACAGGCUCCAAACAGCGCGUGCAUGUGAAGAUCCAGCCGAUGUGUAUCUUCCUCCUGCGGGACAACACAGUUAUAUCCAUCCACCCCAAUGCCGAUCUUGAGUUCACACUCCCUAUAUCGCUCCGUCUCAGGCAGCCGCAAACCAUCCUACGCACUUCCGCGGACGGUUCCUUCCUUGUACAGUCCCUCCUUGAUUUGAUCGUCGACAGAGCUUUGGAGGUUAUAGACGAGUAUCAGGCGAGGAUCCUUGCGCUGGAGCACGACGUUCUGCUUAAACCCCGGAUGGACACUGUCAAGUUCCUUCACAUCCUUCAGGGAGAUCUGAUCCUACACAAGAGGACGAUGGAGCCCAUUAAGACCGUCGUCUAUGGAUUAAGAAGAUACGACACCGACCGUUGCGCGGCGCUCGUGGCGGACGCAGAAUUGGAUAUGGCGAAGAUCAAGGGCUACAUGAGCCACAAAGCGAAGAUAUACCUGGCUGACGUCAACGAUCAUAUGGAGUACAUCUUGACCAGCUUGGACAUGUUCGCUGGCAUUUCCGAGAACUUGAUCAACUACACGUUCAACAUGGCGUCGAACCAGAUGAACGAGGUCAUGCGACAACUGACGGUUGCGACCGUUAUAUUCCUGCCCUUGACUUUGCUGACAGGUUAUUUCGGAAUGAAUUUCGAUCAUAUGUGGGCAAUCAACCAUGGUCACACGGACCUCGUGUUCUGGAUCAUAGCUUUGCCUAUGAUGGCCAUCGUCGUUCCUCUCUUCAUGCAUGCCGACAUAUGGCGAGCAUUGCGAUCGUUUCAGAAACAUAUGAUUGCCAAAGCGGCUGCCCAGGGGGCGAAUAUCAGGAUGCAUUGAUUAUACCGUGCUGUUCCGUUUCAUAAUGCUUAUUAUCUGUCUGCUCUAGUCUAUGGAUUGCUGCUAUCGGAAACCGAAGACAUCAUGACGAGCCCACGCGCUCAUGCUACACGUAUGAUUGUACCACCACCUUCUCUUGUUUCGAUCGUAACACUACGGCUACGUAUUAUAUAUAUCAUUUCCUAAUCCC